AUGAGUGGGAUGGGAGAAAAUACCUCUGACCCAUCCAGGGCAGAGUCAAGAAAACGCAAGGAUCCUGAUCAGCUUGGACCCAGCCCUAAAAGAAGUACUGAGAAACGCAAUCGUGAGCAAGAGAAUAAAUACAUUGAAGAACUUGCAGAGCUGAUUUUUGCAAAUUUUAAUGAUAUUGACAACUUUAACUUUAAACCUGACAAAUGUGCAAUCUUGAAAGAAACUGUGAAGCAAAUUCGUCAGAUAAAAGAACAAGAAAAAGCAGCAGCAGCUAACGAAGAUGAAGUGCAAAAAGCAGAUGUAUCAUCGACAGGUCAGAGUGUCAUCGACAAGGAUGCACUUGGACCAAUGAUGCUUGAGGCCCUAGAUGGGUUCUUCUUUGUAGUGAACCCAGAAGGUAAUGUUGUGUUUGUUUCUGAGAAUGUGACACAGUACCUAAGGUACAACCAAGAAGAGCUGAUGAACACAAGCAUAUAUAGCAUCCUGCAUGUAGGGGACCACAAUGAAUUUGUCAAAAUCCUGCUGCCAAAAUCUUUAGUGAAUGGGGGAUCUUGGUCUGGUGACACUCCUAGGCGUAAUAGCCAUACCUUUAAUUGUCGGAUGCUGGUAAAACCUGUUGCUGAUUCUGAAGAAGGCCAUGAUAACCAGGAAGCACAUCAGAAAUACGAAACUAUGCAGUGCUUUGCUGUUUCUCAACCAAAUUCCUUCAAGGAGGAUGGUGAAGAUUUGCAGUCUUGCUUGAUUUGUGUUGCAAGAAGAGCUCCAAUGAAGGAAAGGCCCCUUCUUCCUUCAUCUGAGAGCUUUACUACUCGCCAGGAUCUACAAGGCAAAAUAACUUCACUGGACACGAGUACCAUGCGAGCAGCUAUGAAACCUGGCUGGGAGGAUUUGGUGAGAAGAUGCAUUCAGAGGUUCCAUUCACAACACGAGGGAGAAAUAUCCUUUGCCAAGAGGCAUCACCAGGAAGUGCUGAGGCAGGGACUUGCCUUCAGUCCUGUCUAUCGGUUUUCCUUGUCUGAUGGCACUAUCGUUUCUGCCCAAACGAAGAGCAAGCUCAUCCGUUCUCAGACAACUAGUGAACCUCAGCUUGUAAUCUCCUUGCAUAUGCUUCACAGAGAGCAGAAUGUCUGUGGAAUGAAUCAGGAUUUGACUGGACAAGGAAUGGGGAAGAUAUUGAACCCACUUAGCUCCAGCAGCCCUGCCCAUCAGGCCAUGUGCAGUGGGAACCCAGGUCAGGAUAUGACCAUCAGUAGCAAUAUAAAUUUUGCCAUAAAUGGCCCAAAGGAACAAAUGGGCAUGCCAGCAGGCAGGUUUGGUGGUUCAGGGGGAAUGAACCAUGUGUCAAGCAUACAAGCAUCCACUCCUCAGGGUAGCAACUAUGCACUAAAAAUGAAUAGCCCCUCACAAAGCAGCCCAGGCAUGAACCCAGGGCAGCCAAACUCUAUGCUUUCCCCAAGGCAUCGUGUGAGCCCUGGAGUGGCAGGAAGCCCACGCAUCCCACCCAGUCAGUUCUCCCCGGCAGGAAGCUUGCAUUCGCCGGUGGGAGUCUGCAGCAGCACAGGAAAUAGCCAUAACUACACCAACAGUUCCCUGAAUGCACUUCAGGCCCUCAGCGAGGGCCACGGCGUUUCUCUAGGAUCGUCGUUGGCUUCACCUGACCUAAAAAUGGGAAAUUUACAAAAUUCCCCUGUGAGUCUGAACCUUCCCCAGCUGAGCAAGAUAGGAAGCCUGGACUCUAAAGACUGCUUUGGACCAUAUGGGGAGCAAUCUGAAGGUACAACUGGACAAGCAGAGAGCAGCUGCCAUUCAGGAGAACAGAAAGAUAGUAGCGAUAGCAACAUGCCACCAGUUGUCGGUGGUGAGAAACCUGAUGGACAGAAUAAACUGCACGAUGGAAAAAGCCAGACAAAGCUCUUACAAUUGCUGACCACCAAAUCGGAUCAGAUGGAGCCUUCGCCUUUGUCCAGCACCAUGGGAGACGUUAGCAAGGACUCCACGGGAGGGUUGCCUGGGUCUGGUUCGGCACAUGGAACCUCGCUCAAGGAGAAGCAUAAAAUUUUGCACAGACUAUUGCAGGACAGUAGUUCUCCUGUAGAUUUGGCCAAGCUCACAGCAGAGGCCACAGGCAAAGAACUGAACCAGGAGUCCAGUAGCACAGCUCCUGGUUCAGAGGUGACUGUUAAACAGGAGCCAGCGAGUCCUAAGAAGAAUAAUAAUGCACUACUUCGCUACUUGCUAGAUAAAGAUGAUACUAAAGAUAUUGGUUUACCAGACAUGCCCCCAAAACUGGAGCGGUUGGACAGUAAGACAGACCCUUCCGGUAGCACAAAGUUAAUAGCUGUGAGGACAGAAAAAGACGAGAUAAGCUUUGAGCCUAACGAACAGCCAGGCAGUGAGUUGGAUAACUUGGAGGAGAUCCUGGAUGACCUGCAGAACAGCCAGUUACCGCAGCUGUUCGCAGACGGCCGCCCGGGCGCGCCCGCGGGCUCGGUGGACAAGCAAGCCAUCAUCAAUGACCUCAUGCAGCUCACCAGUGACAGCAGCCCCGGCGCGGCGGCGGCCACCCAGAAACCAGCAAUGCCGGGGGGGCAGUACACUUUUAAUAACCCACGAGCAGGGCAACUGGGCAGGUUAUUACCAAACCAGAAUUUACCACUUGAGAUCACACUGCAGAACCCAACAGGUGCGGGAACUUUCCCACCCAUAAGAACGAGUAGCCCCUAUUCAGUGAUACCUCAGCCAGCACUGAUGGGCAGGAAUGAAGGGAUGAUAGGAAGUCAAGGAACUAUAGGCAACAGCAACACAGGAAUGAUUGGUAGCAAUGCCCCUCGGCCUGCCAUGACAUCUGGAGACUGGGGAAGCCAGGCACCUGCUGUGAGGGUGACCUGUGCGCCCACAGCUAGUGCCAUGAACAGGCCGGUGCAAGCAGGCAUGAUCCGCAACCCCACGGCCAGCAUCCCCUUGAGACCCAGCAACCAGCCUGGCCCGAGGCAGAUGCUUCCAUCUCAGGUCAUGAAUAUGGGGCCAUCUGAAUUGGAGAUGAACAUAGGAGGACCUCAGUAUAGCCAACAGCAGGCACCUCCAAAUCAGACUGCACCAUGGCCAGACAGCAUCUUGCCUAUAGAUCAGGCAACUUUUGGGAGCCAGAACAGGCAACCGUUUGGCAGCUCACCAGAUGAUCUCUUGUGUAAUCAUCCUUCAUCAGAGUCACCAAGUGAUGAGGGUGCUCUCCUGGAUCAGCUUUACAUGGCAUUAAGGAAUUUUGAUGGUUUAGAAGAAAUCGACAGGGCUCUAGGAAUACCAGAACUAGUUAGCCAGAGCCAAGCUGUCGACCCAGAGACCUUCCCCAGCCAGGAUUCCGGCAUCCUGAUGGAGCAGAAGGCCCCGGUGUUCUCCCAGCAGUACGCGGCGCAGGCUCAGAUGGCGCAGGGCAGCUAUGCGCCCAUGCAGGACCCCAGCUUCCACCCCAUGGGGCAGCGCCCCGGCUACGCGGCCCUGCGCAUGCAGCCGCGGCCCGGCCUCCGGCCCAAUCGGCAGCCGCUGAUAAAUCAGAUCAGCAGUGUCUCCAAUAUCAAUCUGUCUUUGAGACCUGGAGUGCCAACACAGGGCCCCAUCAACGCGCAGAUGCUGGCGCAGCGGCAGCGGGAGAUCCUGAGCCAGCACCUGCGGCAGCAGAUGCAGCAGCAGCAGCAGCAGGUGCAGCAGCGGACGCUGAUGAUGCGAGGGCAGAGCCUGAGCAUGACCCCCAGCAUGGUGGCUGCUGGGGGCAUACCUGCAACCAUGAGCAACCCACGGAUCCCGCAGGCAAAUGCACAGCAGUUUCCGUUUCCUCCGAACUACGGUAUUAGUCAGCAGCCUGAUCCAGGCUUUGCAGGGGCCACCACUCCUCAGAGUCCACUCAUGUCCCCAAGACUGGCUCAUACACAAAGCCCCAUGAUGCAGCAGUCUCAGGCUAAUCCUGCCUAUCAGUCCUCUACGGAGAUGAACGGGUGGGCACAAGGGAACAUGGGUGGAAACAGCAUGUUUUCACAACAGUCCCCACCACAUUUUGGGCAGCAAGCAAGCACCAGCAUGUACAAUAAUAACAUGAACAUCAGUGUAUCCAUGGCAACCAACACAAGUGGUAUGAACAACAUGAACCAGAUGACAGGGCAGAUCAGCAUGACCUCAGCGACCUCUGUGCCUACAUCAGGGUUGUCCUCCAUGGGUCCUGAGCAGGUUAAUGAUCCUGCUAUGAGGGGAGGCAAUCUCUUUCCAAACCAGCUGCCUGGAAUGGAUAUGAUAAAGCAGGACGGAGAUGCAACACGGAAAUAUUGCUGACCCUGAGGGUGGUUCGGUUUCUUCUUUCUUCAGCUGACUGGGGCUUACGGCCCCAAAUCCUUCCCGGUUUGAAGAGCUGCGUCUGUUUUGUCGUGACCCAGCUGAGCUGCCUGCUGCCGACAGGCUUCAGCCCUGCCUCCCGAGGGGAGCCGGGUGGUCGGGGCCGAGGAGCAGCCUCUUCUCUGACAGUCUGAAGCUGCCGUACAGACAGUUGCUCAGUCUGUUCACUGCAUUCACCUUAGUGCAACUUAGAUCUCUCCUGCAAAGUAAAUGUUUGACAGGCAACCUUCAUAAACCAUGUCAGAUUGAAUGUAUUUAAAUGUAUGUAUUUAAGGAAAAA